CAACAAGAAGGAUAACUUGAAACACUCUUGACCCCUUCACUUUCAAUUUCUUGACUGCACUACAAGCAACCAGAAUGUCGGGAGCUUCAGUGAAGGUGGCUGUUCGGGUCCGGCCCUUCAAUUCCCGAGAAACCAGCAAAGAAUCCAAAUGUAUCAUCCAGAUGCAAGGCAAUUCAACCAGUAUUAUCAACCCAAAGAAUCCUAAGGAAGCACCAAAGUCCUUCAGCUUUGACUACUCUUAUUGGUCCCACACAUCGCCUGAAGAUCCCUGCUUUGCAUCUCAGAACCGUGUGUACAAUGAUAUUGGGAAAGAGAUGUUGCUGCAUGCCUUUGAGGGCUACAAUGUUUGCAUUUUUGCCUAUGGACAAACUGGAGCUGGGAAAUCCUACACAAUGAUGGGCAAGCAGGAGGAGAGCCAAGCAGGCAUAAUCCCCCAGCUAUGUGAAGAACUGUUUGAGAAAAUCAAUGACAACAGCAAUGAAGAAAUGUCAUAUUCUGUAGAGGUGAGUUACAUGGAGAUUUACUGUGAGAGAGUCAGAGACUUGUUGAACCCGAAGAACAAAGGGAAUUUGCGAGUGCGAGAACAUCCUCUGCUUGGACCGUAUGUGGAAGAUCUGUCCAAGUUAGCAGUCACGUCUUACACAGACAUUGCAGACCUCAUGGAUGCUGGGAACAAAGCCAGGACUGUGGCAGCUACCAACAUGAAUGAAACCAGCAGCCGCUCUCAUGCUGUGUUUACAAUUGUCUUUACUCAGAAGAAACAUGACACAGAAACUGAUCUUUCCACAGAGAAGGUCAGCAAGAUUAGCCUUGUGGAUCUAGCUGGGAGUGAGCGAGCUGAUUCAACUGGUGCCAAAGGAACCCGAUUAAAGGAAGGAGCAAAUAUAAACAAGUCUCUGACAACUCUGGGCAAAGUUAUUUCAGCAUUGGCUGAAGUGAGUAAAAAAAAGAAGAAGACAGACUUUAUACCAUACAGGGAUUCUGUACUAACAUGGCUUCUUCGAGAAAAUCUAGGAGGUAACUCCAGAACUGCAAUGGUUGCUGCUUUGAGUCCGGCAGACAUAAACUACGAUGAAACUUUGAGCACUUUAAGGUAUGCUGAUCGUGCAAAACAGAUCAAAUGCAAUGCUGUUAUCAAUGAAGAUCCCAAUGCCAAGCUGGUGCGUGAGCUGAAGGAGGAAGUGACAAGGCUUAAGGAUCUCCUGCGUGCCCAAGGACUGGGAGAUAUUAUUGACACCUCCAUGGGGUCCCUCACUGCAUCUCCAUCCUCCUGCUCUCUCAGUAGUCAGGUGGGCUUAACAUCUGUGUCCAGUAUACAGGAAAGAAUCAUGUCAACACCUGGAGGAGAAGAAGCGAUUGAACGUUUGAAGGAAUCUGAGAAGAUCAUUGCAGAGCUGAAUGAAACCUGGGAAGAGAAGCUGAGAAAAACUGAGGCCAUUAGGAUGGAAAGGGAGGCAUUGUUGGCAGAAAUGGGAGUUGCCAUUCGGGAAGAUGGAGGAACACUGGGAGUCUUCUCACCUAAAAAGACUCCUCAUCUUGUAAACCUUAAUGAAGAUCCACUCAUGUCUGAAUGUCUUCUUUACUACAUCAAAGAUGGCAUUACCAGGGUUGGCCAAGCUGAUGCUGAGCGAAGGCAAGACAUUGUAUUGAGUGGGGCUCAUAUCAAGGAAGAACACUGUAUCUUUCGAAGUGAGAGGAACAACAACGGUGAAGUUAUUGUUACUCUGGAGCCUUGUGAGCGAUCGGAAACCUACGUUAAUGGCAAGAGGGUUGUACAGCCCGUGCAGUUGCGCUCAGGAAAUCGUAUCAUCAUGGGUAAAAAUCACGUCUUCAGAUUCAACCAUCCAGAGCAAGCACGGGCAGAAAGAGAGAAGACACCGUCAGCUGAGACUCCCUCGGAGCCAGUUGACUGGACAUUUGCUCAGAGGGAGCUUCUGGAGAAGCAGGGCAUUGACAUGAAGCAGGAGAUGGAGAAAAGAUUACAAGAGAUGGAGAUUUUGUAUAAGAAAGAGAAGGAGGAAGCUGAUCUCUUGUUGGAGCAGCAAAGGCUGGAUGCAGACUCUGAUAGUGGGGAUGAUUCGGACAAGAGAUCGUGUGAGGAGAGUUGGAGACUGAUCACUUCCCUGAGAGAGAAGCUGCCCCCCAGCAAGCUCCAAACCAUUGUAAAAAAGUGUGGCCUCCCCAGCAGUGGGAAGAAACGAGAGCCUAUUAAAAUGUACCAGAUACCCCAACGCCGACGCCUUAGCAAAGACUCCAAAUGGGUUACCAUCUCAGACUUAAAGAUUCAGGCCGUGAAAGAGAUAUGCUAUGAGGUAGCGCUCAAUGACUUCAGGCACACUAGGCAGGAGAUUGAGGCUUUGGCCAUUGUUAAAAUGAAAGAGCUUUGUGCCAUGUAUGGGAAAAAGGAUCCAAAUGAGCGUGAAUCGUGGCGAGCUGUGGCUCGGGAUGUCUGGGAUACGGUGGGAGUUGGAGAUGAGAAAAUUGAAGAUGUUAUGGCCAAUGGUAAAGGGAUAACUGAUGUGGAUGACCUUAAGGUGCAUAUAGACAAGUUGGAAGAUAUUCUACAAGAAGUAAAGAAGCAGAACAACAUGAAGGAUGAAGAGAUAAAAGUUCUCAGAAAUAAGAUGCUAAAAAUGGAGAAGGUUUUACCUCUUAUAGGAUCUCCAGAGAAAGCUCAGUCAACCGUUGCUAAUGCUAAGUCUCCAAACUCUGCCAGUGUGGUGGAUGUGGACAAGAAGCCCACGGAUGACUUAAAAAGAAGUGAGAAUGAUGAACUCGCUAAAGAGGAGCGUGUUUCUCAGUUAAUGGCAGGUGAUCCGGCUUUCAGACGUGGGCGACUACGUUGGAUGAGGCAAGAGCAGAUUAGAUUUAAAAAUCUGCAGCAGCAGGAAAUAGCAAAACAGCUUCGCCGCCAAAACAUGCCUCACCGAUUCAUUCCGCCUGAAAAUCGCAAGCCCCGGUUUCCUUUCAAAAGCAAUCCCAAACACAGGAACUCGUGGAGCCCAGGCACCCAUAUAAUUAUCACUGAGGAUGAAGUUAUUGAGGUCAGAAUUCCAAAAGAAGAGGAAAAGAGCAAAGAUGAAAACAAAGAAAAAGAGAGUAAAGCUGCUUCUAAAGACCCGCAGCAGCUGUGGAAUCUGUAUGGCCCUCAGAGGAAUCAAGAUAAUAUCCAAAUUAACAGGCAGCAGCUAAACGCACCGCCACAGCCUAGCAAUCAGCAGCAGCCAUCGCCUCAGUUGCGCUGGAGAAGCAAUUCUCUCAAUAACGGCUCUCAGAAAAGCUUGCGGCGCCAGACAUCGGGCUCAUCCGAAUCGCUGCACUCGUACAGCGGGCAGCAGAACCCAGACCUGCAGACUUUCCAGCAAAAACGCCACAUCCACCAGCACCGCCAGCCGUACUGCAAUCACAGCAACGGGGGCGGUGCAGAAGGCAAUGCGGCCAAUCUGCACCCCAAACAGACUGACCGGCCUAACCACUAUAACCAGUUUGUGACGCCCCCACGGAUGAGGCGCCAGUUCUCAGCACCUAACCUCAAAGCGGGCAGAGAAACCACAGUAUGA